UGGGAGCACGGGACCACGUGCAGCCCCAGGCACAGCUCCAGCCCAACAUGGCCCUGCGGCACGCGCUGCAGCUGGUGGGAGCCGUGGGGCGGCGCGGGUGCUGCAGCCAGCCCCCGCUGCCCCCCGUCCUGCUGCAGGCCCUGCGCUCUGUGGCGGGGGAGCCCAACGUUUCGGUGGUGGAGGCGGUGCGGCAGCAGCACGGGCACGAUGAGUCCAUGCACAGGUGUGCGCCGCCCGACGCCGUGGUGUGGCCCCAAAACGUGGAGCAGCUGCAGGAGAUGGUGGCCCUGUGCCACCAGCACCGCGUGCCCAUGGUGCCCUUUGGCACCGGCACCGGCCUGGAGGGCGGCGUCAACGCCGUGCAGGGCGGCGUCUGCUUCAACCUGAGCCACAUGGCUGCCAUCUCGGAGCUGAGCGUUGAGGACUUCUCGGUGGCGGUGGAGCCUGGCGUCACCCGCAAGGCCCUCAAUGCACAUCUUCGUGGCAGUGGGCUCUGGUUCCCCGUCGACCCUGGGGCGGACGCGUCGCUGUGUGGCAUGGCGGCCACGGGUGCAUCAGGCACCAACGCUGUGCGCUAUGGAACCAUGCGGCCCAAUGUGCUCAACCUGCGUGUGGUGCUGCCGGACGGCAGCCUGCUGCACACCGCCGGGCCCGGCCGCAGCGCCAGGAAGAGCGCGGCUGGCUACGACCUGACCUCCCUGUUCGUGGGAUCUGAGGGCACCCUGGGCUUCCUGACGCAGGCGACGCUGCGCCUGCACCCCCUGCCUGAGGCUGUGGUCUGUGCUGCCUGCACCUUCCCCAGCGUGCGGGAUGCUGUGGGCUGCACCGUGCAGGUGCUGCAGGCGGCCGUACCUGUGGCACGCAUUGCAGAGCUCCUGGAUGAGGUGAUGGCAGGCGCCUGCAGCCGCUACAGCCAGCUGGAGCUGCCGGAGGUGGCCAUGCUGUUCCUGGAGCUGCACGGCUCCCAGCGCAGCCUGGCAGAGCAGCAGCAGCAGGCAGAGGAGCUGGUGCAGCUGCACGGUGGCUCUGUCCUGUCCUGGGCGCAGGCACCGGAGGAACGUGAGCAGCUCUGGGCUGCACGGCACAGUGCCUGGUUUGCUGCCCUGGCCCUGCGGCCUGGCUGCCAGGGCUACUCCACUGACGUCUGCGUGCCCAUCUCCCGCCUGCCCGAUGUUGUGCUGGACACCCAGCGGGACCUGCGGGACUCCGGCCUCACCGGCCCCAUGGUGGGACACGUGGGCGAUGGUAACUUCCACUGCAUCCUCGUCUUCCACGCCGACGACCCGGAUGAAGCGCAGCGCGUGCACGACUUCACUGAGCGCCUGGGGAGGCGGGCGCUGGCUGCAGGUGGCACCUGCACCGGGGAGCACGGUGUGGGGCUGGGCAAGCGGGCGCUGCUGCGCGAGGAGCGGGGUGCUGCGGGGCUGGCGGCCAUGCGCCGCAUCAAGGAUGCGCUGGACCCCCUCCAUCUGAUGAACCCCGGCAAGGUGCUGUGAGCACCCCGACCUACAGCAAGGCAUGGAGCACCCACCCACCCUCCCACUUCUUUUUGGAGACCUGGGGGGGGCUCUGGUACCCCCUCAGCGGCCCCCCGCUUCACCAAGAACGCCAGUGAAAUAAAAUAACAGUGAAUAUUUUAUUGAACAUUGUUUUAAUACCAUAUCAAAACACCUUGACUAAUGAAGGAAGCUCCCCCAAGCUCUGAACUCGUUUCCCCCCCAAUCCCCCCCUUUUUUUAUAUAUAUAAAUACAGAAACGUUUCGUGCGGGGGCACGGCCACCGCCAGGGGAGGUCUCACCAACGACAACGUGCCCGCUGCGCCACGAGGGGACUGGAACGGGGGUGCGGCCAUAAAACAGGGAGCCCUCACCUGCCGGCCGCUGGCGAGGCCCAAGGAGGACCCGCAGGUCCCCUCCCCAAAAGGUUUGAUGGGAACAAGGGGAGGUUUUGGCAACGGCGGGGGGAGGAGGAGGGAUGCUGCGGCUGUCCAGUCUCUGAGUGGUUAUAGCUGAGUUAAAGAGUGACCAGUCUGUAAACAUCACCGGGGCAGGGAAGCUCAAAUUGAAAUACACGCCAGUCAACACGAAGCUUCAUUUAAUAUCUCGGUUGUUUUGUUUUUUUUUUUCCUUGGUUAUUUUUUCUUUUUGUUUCUUUUUUUUUCUUUUUUUCCUUUUUUUUUCUCAUUGUAAACACUUGAAAGACAAACCCCGCUAAGGGGCAGAGCAGCGGCCCCGCUCCCGGCGUGGGGCAGAGUCCCCAUCACGCGCUGCUGGGGCCGGGCUGGAGAUCUCCAAAAGGGAGAUGGGAGAGAGGAGGAAAUUCCUGUGUAGUCAGUGCAAAAACCGAGCGCAGCCUGCGGGCGCCAGGCAAGCCCGGUGACAAGUUGCCGCGUGCUCCGUUUGGCCGCUGUCCCCAACAGCGCCGCUCCACGCGGGGAGAAAAGCCAAACAUCAUGGCAGCGUUGGGCCGAG